AUGCUUCAGUCCAGCAUUUCCAGGGAUCAUAACGUGCUCAUUCAGGGGUACGUGGAUGACACAGUACUCCUGAUGAGCCACUUUAACCAUGAGAUAUUACAACAAACGGUAAACAAAGUACUUGGCAACAUAUUAAACUGGAGCGAGAAGAUGAAACUCAAAAUUAACUAUAAUAAGUGCAACGUAAUUGUUUUUUCCAAGGCCAAUCCCCUAAAGAAAGGACCCAGUAUUAAAUUUCAGAACAUAAAAAUUAAGAACGUUACUUCAGUGAAAUACCUGGGUAUAUUGAUCGACCACAGGCUCAACUGUACUGAGCAUGUGUAUUAUAUCUACCAAAAGGCUACCAAGAUUACCAAUGCUCUAAAAUCGAUAUGCAGGAACCACCGGGGGUACAGCCCAUCCUCUAGCAGGAUACUGUACACUGCUGCAAUAGAGCCGGUCAUUCUCUACGGGGUGGAGAUAUGGAGCUCUUCUGCACUCAGAGUGCACAUCAAGAGGAAGCUUCUUUCCAUUCAAAGGUUGUCAGCUAUCUCUAUAGCUAAGGCAUAUAAGACCGCUCCUACUGAGGCUCUUCUUGUAUUGUGCAACCUUUUACCUAUCGACCUCAAGGUCCGUGAGGCUUUCAUCAGGUAUAACAUCUUCAAAUUGACUGAUAAUAAGAUCACCUCCAGCCAAUUUAAUCAGAUGGUCUCCAACGACAACUUCAGCAAGGAUAUACUCAGCAUAGGCAAACUCGCCCUCACAAAUGGUAUUGAAAAAGUGUAUGAUGCUCCUCCAAUUCACUCUGGUUUUUCUAUUCAGUAUGACACCAACACUACCAUCACCAACAACUCUUCUAUUAGAAUCUUCAUCGAUGGUUGUAAGAGUGACACGGAUGUUGGCUGUGCCUUUGUCGCCUACAAGAGGCAUCGUCUCCACCAGCUGCAAAGGAGGCUUGCCUCGCAUUGCACAAAUAACCAGGCUGAGUCUCUGGCCAUUCUAUUCGCCCUACAAUGGAUUAAGAAUAAUUGUCAGCUCCUUAUGGUCAACAACUUCCACAUAUUCAGUGAUAGCAGAAUAGCUAUUCAGCAGCUCAUGAAGCUUAAUAACUGCCUCCACAUCGUUAAUGAGAGCCUCAACACCAUCAUUGCUCUGCAAAGCAUUAAUGUCAAUGUGUCUUUUCACUGGGUUAAGGGGCACUCGGGAAUUGUCGGCAAUGAGAGGGCUGACCUUCUUGCCCGCUCUGCACCAAUGACUAAUGGACUUGUCUCCUACAACAAGCUUAGCCUCACGCAUAUCAAGCACAGUAUCCACAGUAUCAUGCUGAACUCCUGGCAACAAAGGUGA